CCCUUCUCUAUAUAUAGAGAACAACCAAAAGUCGCAUCCCUGCAACAAUCUCACCAGUUCAUACAAAAUAAGCUGAUUUAAACUACACAAUAUCUGUGUGUGGUCCGCCAUGGAAGCUACACAAAGAUCCCAACCACCACACAACAUAGCCUUGCUACCUCCUCCAAUCUUUUUAGGCCACCUAAUCCCAUUCAUCGAGCUUGCCAAGAAACUUGUUUUCCACCAUAACUGCACUAUCACACUCAUCAUCCUAGAUGAUGGUUCUUCCAUGAAAUCUCAGAAGUCCCUUCUUCAGGGUCUGCCCACCACAAUUAACACCGUGUUUCUCCCACCGGCGUCGACAGACGAUCUUCCGGAGAACGCAAGAGUCGAGUUGCUGGUGUCCGUCCGCCUGACGCGAUCAUUUCCCGCACUCCGUGACACGUUGACUUCGCUCAAGCAGUUGGGAACUCCAGCUACUGCUCUUGUGGUGGAUCUUUUUGCUAUUGAUGCCAUUGAUAUAGCAAAGCAAUUUGAAAUCCCAGCUUACCUUUUCCAUGUGAUAGCAACCAAUGAAUUGUCACUCUCGGUACUGAUGCCGAAGCUUGAUGAAUCUUGCACUUCGGAAUACAGAGACAUGGAGGAGCCAAUCACGUUGCCAGGUUCCAUUGUAUUGAGCCCGGAAGAUCUACCGGAUUCAAUGAAAGAAAGGAACAGUGAAGUGCAUAAAUGGGCUCUGGAUUGGUGCAACAAGUUCCUGGAAGCCGACGGCGUUAUGGUGAAUAGCUUUCUUGAAUUGGAACUAGAAGCAUUCAAGGAUUUAGAACAACGCCGUCCGGAUGUUCCCCCCGUUUAUCCAGUCGGUCCCCUGAUCCGGACGGGCACGGAAGCCGAAUCCGAUCGAGGAUCUGAGUGUGUGAAAUGGCUGAAUGAUCAGCCACCUAAAUCAGUGCUUUUUGUUUCCUUCGGCAGCGGAGGGACCUUAUCAGUGGAGCAGUUCAACGAACUAGCUUUGGGGCUUGAAAUGAGUGGGCACAGGUUUCUUUGGGUGGUGAGAACCCCGCAAGAAAACAUUGCCGACGCAUAUUUGAACAGUCAAAGCAUUGUGAAGGAUCCAUUGGAUUUUCUACCAGACGGGUUCUUGGAAAGGACUAAAGGGAGAGGACUAGUGGUGGCCUCAUGGGCUCCUCAAAUUCAAGUGCUGAGCCACAGGUCAACAGGCGGGUUCGUGACGCACUGUGGGUGGAACUCUAUACUGGAAAGCGCAGUGUUUGGUGUGCCGAUGAUCGCAUGGCCGCUCUGCUUCGAGCACAGGAUGAAUGCAGUGUUCUUGACGGAUGGUUUGAAGGGUGCAAUAAGAGUAAAAGAGAAUGAAAAUGGGGUUGUGGGGAGAGAGCAGAUCGCACAACUGAUGAAACGACUGAUGCAAGGGGAAGAAGGUAAGCAGAUUCGAAACAGGAUGAAUGAUGUUAAGAUUGCUGCUGGAAAUGCUUUGAGCCAAGAGGGAUCUUCUACCCAAGCACUCGCUCAUGUUGUCCAACAAUGGAUCAACUGGAAGUAACUCCAAAUUCUAAAUUUUCUUCUUCCGUUUUCGGAUAUUCAAUGGAAAAGUAUUAUCUUAGUCCGUUAAGUAUGCUUAAUUUUAAUUUUAGUUCGAUAA